AUGGCCGAACUGAAACAAAUCGCAAUCGUUGGCGGUACAGGCGCUCAGGCUUUGGCUUCCAGUGGCCGAUAUCGUCUUAGAGUGUUGACCCGCAAUCUUGAGUCUUCCCGCGCAAAGCAGCUCGCUGAGCUCCCGAACGUGACCUUGGUCCAGGGCGCCCAGGAUAAUAUGGCCGACAUGCACAAGCUCUUCAACGGCGCCCACGGGGCUUGGGUCAAUACCGAUGGUUUCACCCUGGGAGAAAAGGAUGAGCUUUUCUACGGCUUUAGGGCUUACGAGAUCGCAAGGUCCGAAGGUCUGCAGCACUACGUUUGGGCCAACAUCGAAUACGUUUUGGCUGCCGGAAAGUUUGACGAGAGGUAUUAUUGCGGCCAUAUGGCAUCCAAGGGGAGAGUUGCCAAGUUCAUCCUCGCGUUGGGGCAGGAUGACAUGAAGAGCACCAUUUUCACCACUGCGGCCUAUAUGGACAUGCUCCACGGCGGAAUGUUUGUUCCCAGUGAGCAGCCGGAUGGGUCAAUGUUGUGGGCCAAUCCAUCGCCGACUGAUACAAAGAUCCCAAUGAUCGCCCUCUGUGACGUGGGCAUCUACAAUUUGUGGAUCUUUGACAACCCAACCGAGUCGGCAGGCCUUGAUGUCUCAGUUGCAACAGAUAAUGUCAGCUUUGCCGAUAUUGCUAGAAUCUUUACCGAGGUGACAGGCACUCCUGCGGUACAUAAGACCCUCACAUGGGAGGAAUACGCGCCUCACGCAGAGCCCUAUCCGGGUGCAUCGGUCAACUGGGCUCUUGGUCCUGAUGCUCCUCGAGACAAAUCGGUCAUGAGUUGGGCCGACAACUUUAAGGCUUGGUGGCGGUACUGGGGAGAUGGGGUCACUCCCCCGCGGGAUGAAGCAUUACUGGACCGUAUCCACCCCAAGCGCUUGAAGUCCCUAGCAGACUGGAUGAAGCAUGUUGGAUAUACUGGAAAAAGGCAGAAUGUUCUGAAGAUGACUGAAGACUGGGCUACCAAGGGUGGAGCACUGCCUCCCAAGUAA